GCGCAGCAAGCUCGUCAAUUCCGCCACCCUCAGCACCGCUGGCGCAGGCAGGGAAACUCGUAAGUAUACGCUGCUCUGUUGCUUGAUGCUGGUCUGUGAGUGUUACGGGAGCCUACGCAUGUCAUGUCUAGAUAUCCGUUCACUAAGUGAAGAGAGGCGCGAACGCGGCGGUAUAGCAGCCUGCAGUAGUUCACGAUGUUGAGUCCGCGGCAAAGGAGUGACGCUCUACCUGUCGUUGAGGCGGUCCUUGCGCUGAUUUCCCUCCCGGGACGCUUGCUUUCAUGGCGAAGCCUCGUCGUCGAGGAUUGGACCUACGAAGUGAACUCCGGAGACGCUCACUGCGAUGAGUGGUUAAGGAGUCGUCGACAAGCUCAAGGACAGGAAGAAGGGGUUCCGGGAGGAAGGAAUGCAACCAGAAGGCUAUGUCAUGUUCGUAGUUGAGAGGACCAAGCUCUAUUUGCCUGGUAGGCAGCAACUUAAUUCAAAAAGGGAAAAUAGAUCUCCUUCUCUCU